UUCAGAAAUAAGCUAACCCAGAAUUUUACUACGUCCGAAGCCAAAUAACAAAAAACGACACCGUUUUCUAAGCUGUCUAAACCCCAAAAUUUCAGUGUCGUUUUGACAUUACAGUGUCGUUUUUGGUAUUCACAUUAGAAUAGAAAUCCAAAGGAGAAAAAUUGCAGAGUAGAGAGAAAGGAACUCAGGACGAGAAGAAGAAGAAUAUGGGUUACGUUCUGAGAGUACGAGCUGCAUCAUUCUUCGCAGGGGCAGCGGCGGCGUCGUUUCUGGGGAUUUACAUCCUUCACAAUGAUUACAAGAUUGCCCAUGAGGCCAUUUCUCAACAGAUGAAAGGUCUGCAUGACUCGUUGGAUAGACGAGUUUCAGCUCUAGAACAGUUGAAACAAAAUGAAGCUUUGCAGCCCACAGAAGCAACUGAUUAGGUGCCUUAAAAAUGCUUCUGUGGCUUGGUGUUGUGAAACUAAAAGUCUAUUGUCUUGCCUUUUUCUUUUUGGUAUCUGAAUAAUUCCAACCUUUUACUGUAUGAAGAGACUUGUUUGCUUACAAAUUACCGGAGGUCUUCACUAUUUGCAUUUUGUAUCAGAUCAAAUUGGCUCUUACAUUUAAACUUGUUCCAAUAUUGCAAAUGCAUUUGCAUUUAUUAGUAA